AUUUUAAUAUUACUAUGUGUGGUUCACUUCCGUCAAAAAAUAUCACAAUCUUCUUUGCUUUGGAAAUAUUUCUAAAGAGAUUGUAAUUUCAUUUAAAGGAGAUCCAUUUUGGGCAUUAAAUGUCUCUCGUCGCAUACUAUACUUCUAGUGACAAUGACAGUGAAGACGAGACGGAUGUCAAACACCAUAAAAACAGCACCAAUGGCAAUGGGGAAUCUGUAGUACAAACAACAACAAAUGUUUCCUUAGAAAAAACGACGAAAUCUGAAAAUGAAAGGCCACACAAGACCCAAGAGUUUCAAAGUUUGAUACAUGAUGUUGAUGAUUCUGUUAAUUCCCUCUUAAAAAAUUUACCUGCACCAAAAACAGUGACACAAUCUGAUAGAAAACAAGAUGAUUAUCUUGAAGAUGCAGUCAAAGCAAAACCAUCACAGAUAGCAGAUGCACCGAAACCUCCAUCAAAAACUAGAAAGCCGGUGAAAAUAUCUAUCCCUACCAUUGAUUCGGAUUCAGAUGAUGAAAAGGAACCAAGAAAAAAGAAACAGAAAAUAGGUCCUCAGACAGGCAAAACAGGAUUGACAGCAAGCUUACCUCCUCCUAUUCAUUCUUCAAGAAAAGAAUCUGGUAGAACAUUAUUACCCUAUGUAUUCACGAAGAAGAAACAAACAGACUCUAAGCCAGUGAAAAACAGUACUAACAACAGUGUGAAAUCAUCGACUGUUUCUAAACCUGAUACUACAUCAUCUAAGACUUUAAAUAUUGCCACGUAUGGUAGUGAAAGUGAUGAUAGUGGAAAUGAAGAUGACUCAUCAAAUUUCUUUUCUCUAGGUUCAGUUGAACAGACAGUUAAACCUGCUGAAUCAUCAAAUUUUUUCUCAUUAGAUACUCAAAUUCAGCCCAUAAGAUCUGGUGUGCAACCAACUAUGCAUUCAACUUUACCUAAAGUAAAUUUAAAUCUUCCUCCUCCAAUUAAAUCUGUUGAAACAAAAGUGACAAUAGAGACUAACCAAUCAGAUCUAUCGACACAACAUACAAGUUUGAAGAGAGGUAUUACUGGGAAUGAUUCCUCUAUUGGGGAAAGUUCUAAAAAUCAAGACAAGCCAUCAAAUAUGAGCUCUACCAUGGAAAAUGCACCAUUGUCUUUUAAAUCUACAAUGAAAAGACCUUAUAGAAAUUUUCAAAGUUUUCAUACUCCAGAAAGUUCUUACCAACCAGGAAAUUAUGAAACAGACACAGUAGGUCCUACUAUCUGUGAACAGAACGCUGAGGUUGAAGGCUAUUCUAAUGUAGAUGACAUCAAUGUAUUACAGCAAGAUGAAGAGUUUCUUAGGUUACAAGGUAAACACUCACGAGGUAAAGAACCUAUACAAUUUGUAGAUGUCAAUGCUGAUGAUUUUAUUAGUACAGCUGCAUACCAAAUAGCCCUGACUGAAGAGACAGAAUACAGACCUUCUCAUAAAAAGGGAGAGGGACCUUCUUCACAACAGAAAAAAAAACAUCACAUCACUUAUCUAGCUCACCAGGCUAAAGAAAGAGAGAUUGAGCUGAAAAAUGCUUGGUCGCAGAAUGCGAUGUCCAAAAGACAAACACAAGCAAAAUAUGGUUUCUAAUAGUAUGUGUAAAUAUAGAACAAUUACAAUACACGUGUGUCAGCUUAAAUUAUAAAUGUGUACAAAGUGGAACAUGUUGUACACAUAAAGGAUGUAAAAAUAAAAGUAUGUGUCAUUAAAAAAGA